ACAUAGGUCUACUGUUGUUAUUACGUAAGUGAGUCAGGCUCUGCGCUGUAGAAUGAAAGGCGGGUAUAUGUUUCAAACCGCCCUUGUUUUACCAUAUUCGGUCUGUCGGGCGCCUACAGUUCGGUCUGUAACGGAAAGCCGGCGGAAAGUGGACACGCUAUAUCGGUGUGUUCCAAACGGUUCCGAAACUAAUAGCAACAAACAAGGCGGAACAAUGCCAUCAGACCUUGCCAAGAAGAAGGCAGCGAAGAAGAAGGAGGCUGCAAAAGCCCGCCAGGCGCGUACUAAGAAAACUGACGAACUUAAUGGGGAAAACGACAUACUAGAGAGUCAGGAAAAUGAAGCAGACAGCAAUGGGGUAGCUAGCCUGACCAAGGAGCUGGAUGAGUUUGAGCUCAAGAAGCUGGAGGCGCGGGCGGUGACAGGGGUGCUUGCGUCCCACCCCAACAGCACUGACGUGCACAUCGCCAGCCUGUCGCUCACCUUCCACGGCCAGGAGCUGCUGACCGACACAAGCCUGGAGCUCAACUCAGGGAGGCGCUAUGGCCUCAUCGGCCUCAACGGUACAGGAAAGUCCAUGCUGUUGUCAGCCAUAAGCCACCGCGAGAUCCCCAUCCCAGAGCACAUUGACAUCUACCACCUCACCAGGGAGAUGGCCCCGAGCGACAAGACGGCCCUGCAGUGUGUGAUGGAGGUGGACCAGGAGAGGAUCCAGUUGGAGAAGGAGGCAGAGCGCCUAGCAACCGAGGACUCGGAGUGUGAAAAGCUGAUGGAGCUGUACGAGCGUCUGGAGGAGCUGGACGCCGACAAGGCGGAGGUGCGGGCCUCCCGGAUCCUCCACGGUCUGGGCUUCAGCGCCGCCAUGCAGAAAAAGCAACUCCAGGAUUUCAGCGGAGGGUGGAGGAUGCGCGUGGCUUUGGCCAGAGCUCUGUUCAUCAAGCCCUUCAUGUUGCUGCUGGACGAGCCCACCAACCACCUGGACCUGGAUGCCUGCGUGUGGCUGGAGGAGGAGCUUGCAUCGUUCAAGCGAAUCCUUGUGCUCAUCUCUCACUCUCAAGACUUCCUGAACGGAGUGUGCACCAACAUCAUCCACCUCCACCAGAAGAAGCUCAAGUACUACACGGGCAACUAUGACCAGUACGUGAAGACCCGGGAGGAGCUGGAGGAGAACCAGAUGAAACGGUUUAACUGGGAGCAGGACCAGAUCUCACACAUGAAGAACUACAUCGCCAGGUUUGGUCACGGCUCGGCCAAGUUGGCGCGACAGGCUCAGAGCAAGGAGAAGACGCUGCAGAAGAUGGUGGCUUCGGGCUUGACUGAUCGCGUGGUGAAUGACAAGACCCUGUCAUUUUAUUUUCCUUCCUGUGGAAAGAUUCCCCCUCCUGUCAUCAUGGUUCAGAACGUUAGCUUCAAAUACAGCGACAACCAGCCACACAUAUACAAGAACCUGGAGUUUGGUAUUGACCUGGAUACGCGGGUGGCUCUGGUGGGGCCCAACGGAGCCGGGAAAUCUACACUCCUCAAACUGCUGAUGGGAGAGCUUCUCCCCACUGACGGCAUGAUCAGGAAACAUUCGCACGUGAAGAUUGGCCGAUAUCACCAGCAUCUCACAGAGCAGCUGGAGCUGGACCUGUCUCCACUGGAGUACAUGAUGAAGUGUUACCCGGAGAUCAAGGAGAAGGAGGAGAUGAGGAAAAUCAUAGGUCGGUACGGCCUCACAGGAAAACAGCAGGUGAGCCCGAUCAGGAACCUGUCGGACGGCCAGAAGUGUCGGGUCUGCUUCGCCUGGCUGGCCUGGCAAAACCCACACAUGCUCUUCCUUGACGAGCCCACCAAUCACUUGGACAUCGAGACCAUCGACGCCCUGGCCGAUGCCAUCAAUGACUACGAGGGCGGCAUGAUGCUGGUCAGCCACGACUUCAGGCUCAUUCAACAGGUGGCUAAGGAGAUCUGGGUGUGUGAGAAGCAAACGAUCACCAAGUGGAACAGAGACAUCCUAGCAUACAAGGAGCACUUGAAAUCAAAGAUCGACAAGCAAGCGCAUGAUAUCUAGAACACCUUCCGCUGUAUCUGAGCCAGUAAACCUAAUAUACAUCAUGGUUAUGGACUCCCAAGUGCUUCUGUGGUGGAACAGUUAUCCUCACCUGCCCACAGUUGGGAUCUAGGAUCCGCUUCUCCUUCCCCAAUCCUAAAAUCAACACACCGCAAGGUCAGCGUCUAGGGGCAAAUUCACCUUUCACCCACCCCCUGCUCAGGCUGCACUCUGAUUGGCUGACUCCCCUGAACCAUCAAAGUGCAUUAUGGAAUGCAUUCCAUUGUCAUAGAAAAAGUUUUAUUUUUCCAAAUGAGUAUAACAUCAGAUUAAAAUGAAUGCAGCAGCUUCUGGGUCAAUUUCUUAUGAUAUUGCAACAUUGACUUGUUCCCUGUGUCAAAGAGCAUCAGUAAUGCCUUAUUUUUAUUUAACGUAUUGCAAGAAUGGUUUGUCUGAAUAAAUUACCUAAUUGAA